GUGUGUGCAGGUGUGUGUAGGUGUGUGCAGGUGUGUGCAGGUGUGUGCAGGUGUGUGUAGGUGUGUGCAGGUGUGUGUAGGUGUGUGUAGAUAUGUAGGUGUGUACCAGAGCCCAGUGUCAGUGUGGAAGAGCUGCUGGAGAGCAGGUGGGGUUCGAGAACAUACUGUCGGUCUCACGCAUGGACAAAGUGUGUGUGUCCACUGGUUUAGUCCAGGCAGGAGGUUCAGAGGAAGGACAAGCUGAUGAGCUCGAUAGUUAUCUCAGUGCAGUACUCUACACUAUUCUACACUACUCUACUCUACUGUACUCUACUCUACACUACUCUACUGUACUCUACACUACUCUACUCUAUUUUACUCUACUGUACUCUACUCUACACUACUCUACUGUACUCUACACUACUCUACUCUAUUUUACUCUACUGUACUCUACUCUACUGUACUCUACACUACUCUACUCUAUUUUACUCUACUGUACUCUACUCUACUGUACUCUACACUACUCUACUCUAUUUUACUCUACUGUACUCUACUCUACACUACUCUACUGUACUCUACUCUACACUACUCUACUCUAUUUUGCUCUACUGUACUCUACUCUACACUACUCUACUGUACUCUACUCUACACUACUCUAUUUUACUCUACUGUACUCUAUUCUACACUACUCUACACUACUCUACAAUACUCUACACUACUCCACUCUAUUCUACUCUACACUACACUACUGUACUGUACUCUACUCUACACUACUCUACUCUAUUUUACUCUACUGUACUCUAUUCUACACUACACUACUCUACUCUACAAUACUCUACACUAUUCCACUCUACUGUACUCUACUCUACUCUACACUACACUACUCUACUGUACUCUACUCUACACUACUCUACUCUAUUUUGCUCUACUGUACUGUACUCUACACUACUCUACUGUACUCUACUCUACACUACUCUACUCUAUUUUACUCUACUGUACUCUAUUCUACACUACUCUACUCUACAAUACUCUACACUACUCCACUCUAUUCUACUCUACACUACACUACUCUACUGUACUCUACAAUACUCUACACUAUUCCACUCUACUGUACUCUACUCUACACUACACUACUCUACACUACUCUGCUCUACAAUACUCUACACUACUCCACUCUAUUCUACUCUACACUACACUACUCUACUGUACUCUACUCUACAAUACUCUACACUAUUCCACUCUACUGUACUCUACUCUACACUACUCUACUCUAUUUUACUCUACACUACUCUACUCUAUUUUACUCUACACUACUCUACUGUAAUCUACACUAUUCUACUCUACACUAAACUAGUCUAUGCUACAUUCCUCUGUGCUACACUACACUAUGCGUACACUGACUAUGAUUUUUGAUUCAUGCUCUACUGUUCAAUUAAACUGCGAUUAAUGUCUCCAAAAAUACUGCUGUUCUUAUUUUUACUUUAAAUAUUGGCAGUGUUCCACAUUCCACUUGCUACAAGUUUUCUGAUAUUCACUCAGUGAGGAGAUGAGCUCUACGUUUGUGUUUCUCACUAUUACUUUAUUCUACAGAAUAUUUUAUUAAUGUGGUCAGAACUCUUACAGCCCUCUAUUCACCUCCUACAGACCAGAAAGAACGAUGGAGCAUGUUUACUAAAUAUAGACACACUAAUGAGGACAGAGAGAGAGAGAGAGAGAGAGAGAGAGAGAGAAGGAAACACAGAUCAGCCAAAGAGACAGUCAUGACCUGUGUGUGUGUGUGUGUGUGUGUGCUGUAAUUUAUAAUCAGCUCCACUGAACAUUUCUCUUCUUGUCAGAUGUCUCUGUGUAUCAGAUGAUGUCAUUUCUCUUGGCUGUGAUUGGUCAGUCAUGGCUCAGCAGUAUCCAGUGAGCAGGCAGUGAUUGUACACACCCACUGCACUGAGUGAGAGAAUCUGCAGUUCAAUAAUCCUCAACCCUGACGCAGUGUGUGUGUGUGUGUGUGUGUGUGUGUGUGUGUGUUUCUCUAACCUGAGCCAUGUGUUUCUGUCCUCUUUAUGAUCCAGAAUGGAGUCUCUCUCUCUCUCUGGGUUCUCUUUCCCUCCCAGAAUCUCAUCAUUUCAACACGGCUCUUGAACAGAAACUGACUGUUGAUGAAUGAAUACAGUUUCAAUCAAAAACCAACCACCAUUUCAGCUCCAUGUUUAUCCAUACAUCUGUUUACUUCACACACAAUGACCAGUGAACACCAGACCCCACUCCAUCCCUGGUCUGUCUCAUUUCUCUCUCCUCCUGCCUAUAUUGUUUUUCUUGCAUUUCUGCUCUGUCUAUUUCUGUAUUUUUACUCUCUCUCUCUCUCUCUCUCUCUCUCUCUCUCUGUCUGUCUUUAUUCUUUUUCUAUCUGUCUGUAGUCUCUUUCUGUCGUUCUGUUUGGGCUCUGUCCCCUUCACAUUCUUUCUCUUUUAACAGUCGGGGUCUAAAUAUUUCAGACACCUGUGCACUCUCUCUCUCUCUCCCUCCUCCUCCUCCUCUCUUGUGUAAGCUGUUGAAGUGGAACA